AAUUUGCAUUAGUAAUAGUAUUGGAUUAAUAUUGAUAUCGAAAAGUAAAACAAAUUAAUGAAACGAAAAAUGAAAAGGGAAAAAGUGAAAGAUUUGAAUAUAUGAAGUUUUUUCCUUUUCAACAAAUUUGAAAUCAAACGGCUGCCACUGAAUUCAACAAGCUCAUAAACAAAACCACAAAAUUCCAGUUGUCGUUCACGUAGAAGAACAAUUUCUGUAGGUUUCUGACACAAUUUGAAGUUUGAAAAGCAAUAAAAGACGAAAUUGAUGAUGAUUCAAAGGAAACUGAAUUACAACAUCGCAUGGCGAAUCAACUCAAGUUUCUUUCGCCUUCUUCCUCUAAACCCAUUGGCUAUUUUUCUGCAUUUGGUACUUUCUCUCUCUACAAUUCAAUUUCUCUUUUCUUCACCAUUUUUUCGCCGAUUUUUGGAUGUUUUCUUCUGUCGAUUGAACAAGUGGACUUCAUCGGUUUCACUUUCCUUCACUGAAAUCAGCAAGAACUUUGACAGAGGUAUAGAGGUAUAGAGGUAUAGAGAGAGAGAAGAGAGUUUUGUACGUACCAAUUAACCCUCCCAAAAAAUACCAAAUCCAAUACCCAACUCAGGGAUAUCUCUCCAUUUAUUGCGCUUGUUUUGGUGUUGAUUUGGUAUCCUUAUUUGGAAAUUGGACUCAACCCCUCUCUGGAUGCUAUGCAUUCUAUUUAUCCCAUCUGUGAUUUUCAAUGUUUUGUACAAACGAGUACAGGGUGCGGAAAUAAAAGUUCUAGCGGCUCCCGUUUUUGGGAAUUUCAAGCCAAGAACAGAGAAGUUGUGGUUCUUUCAUUUAGUGGGUAUCUUAGUGGUUGGUCAGGAUGGAUAUUAUGAUGGAUGGUCGUGGGGGUUAUGGUGGUGGGUCACCUGAUGAACAAGAAGCUUCUAAUGAUCGUAAGGGGAAAAAGACCUACCAUCGUCAUAAUCCUUACCAGAUUCAGCAGCUUGAAUCAUUUUUCAGGCAAUGCCCACACCCUGAUGAAAAUCAGCGGCGCCAGCUGAGUCGAGAGCUUGGUCUUGAGACCAAACAGAUCAAAUUUUGGUUUCAAAACAAGAGGACUCAAACUAAGGCUCAGAAUGAGCGAGCAGACAACUCUUCGCUUCGGACAGAGAAUGAAAAGAUUCAAUGUGAAAACCUUGCAAUUAGAGAAGCGUUGAGGAACGUGAUCUGUCCAUCCUGUGGAGGUCCACCUUUUGGAGAAGAAGAGCGACAGCGCAAUCUCCAAAAAUUACGUCUUGAAAAUUCUCACUUAAAAGAAGAGCAUGAAAAAGUGUCUAACCUUCUUGCCAAGUACAUUGGAAAACCAAUUUCACAACUUGAAUCACUAUUGCCUGUUCUUGGAUCUUCACUUGAUUUGUCACCAAGAAGUUCCCUUACUCAAAUAGUUCCAAGCCCUGCAGUCGAUCUUAUUUCUGAUCCAGUAAUAUUAGAUGGAGCAGCAACACCUUACCAAUCAAGAGGUAUUAAUGAUUUGGAAAAUGCUCUUAUGUUGGAAACUGCUGCAACUGGCUUGGAAGAGUUAAUCAGACUUUUGAGGAUCGACGAGCCUUUGUGGAUGAAGAGCCUGAAUGAUGGGAGGUAUGUUCUCCAUCGUGACAGCUACGAAAAGAUAUUUCCUCGACCCAAUCACUUCAAAACAUCUAGUGCUCGUACUGAAUCAUCAAAAGCUUUGGGAGUGGUGACAAUGAGUGCAAUUCAAUUGGUUGAUUUUUUUUUAGAUGCGGAUAAAUGGGCAGACCUUUUUCCAACCAUCAUUACAAAUGCAGAGACAUUUCAUAUUAUUGACCCUGGGAUGCCUGGAAACCGCAGUGGUGCUUUGCAGUUGAUGUAUCAACAAAUGCACAUCUUUUCACCCCUCGUGUCUCCUCGAGACUUUUGCUUCCUUCGACAUUGUCAGCAGAUUGAGUUUGGUGUCUGGGUCAUAGUGGAUGUUUCGUAUGAAAUCUUAAAGGAUUGUGUCACCUCUGCACGAUGCUGGAGGCUUCCUUCCGGGUGCUUGAUUCAAGAAAUGCCCAAUGGUUGCUCUAAGGUUACCUGGGUUGAGCAUGUGGAAGUGGAUGAUAAAACACAAACCCACCGGCUGUAUCGAGAUCUUGUAUUCAAUACUUUGGCAUAUGGAGCCGACCGAUGGCUUUUCACUCUUCAAAGGAUGUGUGAGAGAUUGGCUUAUACUUUCAGGGAUUGUGCACCUAACCAUGAACUUGGAGGAGUGUUAACUUCUCCUGAAGGGAGGAGGAGCAUCAUGAAGCUGUCACAUAGAAUGGUAAAAAAUUUCUGUGGAAUACUGAGCAUGUCAGGUAAAAUAGAUUUCCCUCAGUUAUCCGAAGUGAACAAUAGUGGUGUUCGAAUAUCUGUUCGGAUUAGCUCGGAACUGGGGCAGCCCAGUGGGACAGUCGUAAGUGCGGCGACAUCUCUUUGGCUUCCUCUACAACCUGAAACCAUCUUUAAUUUCUUCAGGGAUGAAAAGGCCAGAGUUCAGUGGGAUGUUCUCUCUUAUGGAAACCCAGUACAUGAAAUUGCACACAUCUUAACAGGAGUUCAUCCAGGAAACUUGAUAUCGAUAAUUCGGCAGCCGUUCGUCCCGACUGAGAACAACAUGCUGAUUCUUCAAGAAAGCUGUAUAGAUCCAUUAGGAUCCUUGGUGAUAUAUGCACCCAUCGACAUGCCUGCUAUGAACAUUGCAACAAGUGGUCAGGACCCAUCAGAGAUACCAAUACUUCCAUCAGGAUUCGUAAUCACAGGGGACGGCCGUACUCAUUCCGGAAUCGGAGCUUCAACGAGUGCUACAUUGGGGAGGCCAAGCGGGUCUUUGUUAACCAUAGCUUUCCAGAUAUUGGUGUCCAGUGUAUCAUCUUCAAAACAGCUGAAUGUGGAGUCUGUGGCAACAGUGAAUACUCUUAUCAGUGCCACAGUUCAAAGGAUAAAGGUUGCAUUGAAUUGCUCUUGUUUGGAUUGAUUUUUGUGUUAUGAUGUGUGUGUUUGUUGUAGCCUCAAAAUGCAAUGUUCGGAACUUGUUGAGUCACUUUUAUGAGUUUCUUUUAAAGUUGUAACUUUUCUGUUUCCUUAGAUGGAUGAUUUUUUUUUUUUUUUCUUUUUGUUGAAAUUUGAGUAUGUGAAAAAUGUUACAAUCAUUUUAUAACAUUGUAAUUUUAUUUUUUCUUCUUCUGCUGCUAAGUUAAUAAUAGAUUAUGUUACCUAUCUGAAAA